AUGGGAAAGAAAAAAGGAGGAAAUAAAAAUAAGCUUGCCAAAAUGUCCGACGAAGAACGGGCUAGAUAUUUGCAGCAUCGUGCCGACAUGGAAGAAGAAGCACGGCGCCGCAAGCAACAGCUCAUAGCCACGUUUAUGAAAAACAAGCUCAAAAGGGAGGACGCUUUCGCUCGUCUUAAUCUGGCCAAAAUCAACCAAGAAUGGCGCUCCAUUUUGCGCAACAUCAAGUGCAAAGAACUGAAGGAGGAAGUUGAGGCAGUGGAGAAAACAUGCACCGAGUGUAUCGAGAACAAAAAUGCGGUCAUCAAGCGACUCUUGUGUGAUCUAGACGAGUCUGAGGAUUUGUACUCCACUAUGCUGCAUGCACAUAUGGAACGUGUGGAAAAGAUCAUUCGUAUUCACAACGAUCGUGUCAACUUUCUCAUGGAGUUAUACGAGUUGGAUAAGAAAGAAGUCAUCGAAAACUACGAGCGCGAGAUGGAGCUGUACAAAUCGAAAAAGUUUGAACUCCAGAAAGACCUGGAGUGUGUAUUUUACGGUCUUGCGGAGAAGGCACGCACUGAUCGGAUCCGUAACGAGGAAGAGCACAUGCUUAAAAAAGACGAACUAAAGAACUCUAUGAUACUGAAGCUGGAAAUGAUCACCAAAGAGCGUGAGCGAGAGAUGGAACGACUGUGGAAAGAGUUCCAGCGCGUGUUGAAUCUCUACCUACGCAACACGGAAGAGUACCGGAACGAGUACAACACUCUGCGUGAUCAGGACUCGAGCGAUACAAAGAACAUCCAGGAUCAUUACGCCGAAGUCGCCCGGCUAAGUGAUCAAAUUGCUGAUCUUCGGCUGAAGCUGGCCACCUUAAAGGAGGAGCACGACUUCAACAUGAAACAGAUGCAGAAGAGUAAGGCAGAACUGCAGCACCGUGUACAAAAUCUCAAGCAAGAGAUGGAACUUGGUACGCGCCUCGACCAGGAGCAGCUUAAAACACUCGCUGUAUACAGCAACGACGCUAUCAAACAUCUCCAAGGCAUGCUGAAGAAGGUGAAAUCGAUCUAUCAGAUCGCUAGCUUCUGCAAAAAGUACGAAACCGAAUCGGAAGAUUUGCUACCAUUCGUCCAGCGCCCCAAAGAAUACCAAGGACAGUCGGACCUACCAGUUACGGAUCGGACAUUAGUCGCCCUGCCCUCCACCGAUUCAACGAUGGAUUCGUUCAAGCGCGAUGUGUUCGACACGGUGGAACUGUUCGAAAGUUUCUGGAUGCGCUUCAACAAAGCACGCAUCGAUGUGGCCUGUUUGCGCGAGGAAAAACAGCAACUGAUCGACCGUAACGAACAGCUAAAGACACAUCUCAAGGACUAUCUCAUCACGGUGAACAUGAACAGUGGUGGACCGGUGGAAUCGCACGUCGAUCUGCUCACCAAGCGUCCGACCUCGAUGAAGAUCGAGAAGCUGGUACGUAUUGACGAGCAGGUACUUGUCCAGGAAGGUACAAGGAAAAUGGUCCGUUUCCGAACCGGUGGACAGCAGUCCUGUCGUCCCGUCACCUGCAUCGAGGGCAAUCUCAGUAACGCGAUCCGCAACGAACGGUUGGUGGGCGUUCGGGCCAAAUCAUCUGAUAUCUACUCCAUGGUGAGAAACUCCGCAUAA